UAUUCAACUAUGCAGAGACAAGCAAACAGGUAUCUCUUUCCAUGUGUGAACUUUCCUUCGGUGACAUUAGUAAUUAUUCACACCAACAAAUUGCAAUGGAUUCACAAUACUCAUUUUGCAGGUGGGUAAGCUAAGAGUCUGCUUGUUAUUAUUAUUAUUUUCUUAAAGAUAGGUGCUCAUGUAGCUCAGGCUGGUUGUAAACCUCAAUAUAUAGUCAAGGGGGCCUACUUUUUUUUUGAGAUGGUUUCUCUAGGCUGGCUUUGAACUCUGAGAUCCGCCUGCUUAGUCCACUCAAGUGCUGGAAUUAAAGACGCGCGACAUCACCGACCGGCUUCUACUUAAUUUUUAAUAUUUAGAUUUAUUUUUACAUGUGUGUACGUACGCGCGCACGCGGGGCCAUGAAUAUAUGUGUGCCACAUGCCCGCAGAAGCCAGAAGAGGACGUUGGAUUCCCUAACACUGUAGUUAUGGAUGGCUGUGAGUCACCUAGUAGAUGGUGGGAACUGAACCCGUGUCUUUUGGAGGAGCAGCCAGAGCUCGUAAUGACUGAGCCAUUCUCUCCAGCUCCGACCUAGAGCCUGGGCGUCUCUGGGGAGUGCAUCUGGACCCUCGACCUUCCCUUUUAAUCGAUCACUCGGCUUCUUGAGGCAGAUUCCCUCAAGUACCCAAGUCCUCCGCUCUCCAUGUUUUGACCAUUUGCUGACAGUUCCAACGACUAACAUGCACUAUGAACUAUAGCCAAUAAGGACUCUGUGUGGGCGGGCCCAAGAGGAGGUCUCGCUUCUGAUUGGUCAGCGGUACUCAGCAAAUGGCGGGGGCGCUGAGGCGGGUACUGAAUGCCGGCUGUGCGGCAGGGCCCGGGGAGGAUGGCGCUGCCGGGCCGCCAUUGCUGCUGCUCGGCGCUCCGCGAUCUGCACAGACGUCGCUGCUGUUUGCAGUCGCCCUUGAGGCGGCAGGGGAAGGCCGCGGGCCAGUCCUCUUCCUGACACGAAGGCCCCUUCAGAGCCUGCCGCUCAGUACACCAGCGGCGCGAGACCAUUGGCGGCUCCAGAAGGUUCUAUUCCAGUACCCAUCCUCAAUUCAAGAGCUUCUUCAGCUGCUAGCCUCUGCCCAUGAGGCCCCAGCACCUACCCCAUCCCUUCUCCUCCUGGAUGGCCUGGAAGAAUAUCUAGCAGAGGAUCCCAGUGCCCAGGAAGCUGCCCACUUGGCUGCAUUGCUUCUGGAUGCUGCUGCCUACUUUAGCUGUCGUCUUGGAGCCAAUGGCAGCUGUGGGCUUGUGGUGGCCCUUGAAACCCAAAAAGAAGCCGACGGCGAUGCCCCACAUCUGGCAUUAUUUAAGCGGUAUUUUCCUGCACAGUGCCAGCUGCAGCCAGAUGCCCUAGGCUUGGGACAGCAUUGCUGUCUUCAAGCCAGCCUAGAGUCGGGCAAGCUGAGCCCUAGGACAGAGUGGUCAGUGACUUUCUUACCCAAUGGAGAGAUGAAGAUCACACCAUGGCCUGCCCAGGCUUCUACGCUCAGCCCAGAUAAAAAAGGUUCAAGUGCUGGAAGCCAGUCCUUAUCUUUGGGGAGUGACAACCUCCCUGGUCCUGGGUUUCCCUUGGAUGGGAUUCCAACUUCAGGGACAAGUGCAGAUUCAAAGACCUGAGAAAUGUAGGUUUUCUGUCAUAAACCAGCAUUACUGUUGUUGGGGUUGGCAAGAUGGCUCAGGAGGUCAGGGGCCUUGGCAACAAGCAUGAUAACUUGACUGAUUCCCAGGACCCAUGUGGUGGAAAGAUAUAGAACCGACUCCUGCCGUCUCUUCUGACCUCCACGUUUGGGUAGAAGCACACAUAGGCCUUCCACACUAGUAAUAGAUUAAUAAUGAAACCUUUAAGAUAAAGAGGAGCCUUCCUCUGCCCACUCACUGUUGUUGAUGAGAUUCAGUCAUAUUUCCUAGUUCAGUUCUUUUUAUCUGCUGCGGUUUUUACCCAGACAGGCUAGCUGAACUGAUGCUGCCCUUGAACUCCUGAUCCUCUAGCCUCAUCUCUUGAGGGCGGGGCCUAUGGAGUAUGCACCUAUUCUUGGCUCCUCUUGCACACUCCGUGGGUGCCUGUAUGCCAGUUACCUCUGUGUGUUGACUUACAUACUAUUAGGGGGUCUAGUCAUACACAUGACCUUGCACAUGUGUUCAGUGUGUACAGUUGGGAGUGGAUUCACCCCACAUAGAGUAUGCAUAUGUUUGGCUUUCUUAGGGACAUAAUAUUUUUAAAGUUAUCAAAGUGAAGCUGAGUAUGAUGGUAUGCAAAAUGGUAAGGCCAGCUUUGGGAGGUAGAGGUGGGAGAUCACAAGUACAAGGCUAUCCUUGGCUACAUAAGAUGUUGGAAGCCAUGCUGGCUCACACUAGACCCUGUCUCCAAAAACUAAAAUGAGCCAGGUGUGGUGGCACAGGCCUUUAAUCCUAGCCCAGAGGCAGGUGGAUCUGUAUGUAUGUGGUUAAGGCCAGCCUGGUCUACGUGCAAGUUCCAGGCCAACCAGGGCUACAUAGACCCUGUCUCAAAUCAGACAAAAACUAGGGAGCUGGAGAGAGAGCUCAGUGGUUAGGAGUUCUCUCCCUGUGACAGCUUUGGUUCUCCAGAUCUGUCUGAGCCAUUUCCACUCCCGUGAAAAACCCCUCAACCAUAUUCCGGAACAUAACCCCAGUAAAACUUUGUUGGUUCACCAAA